AUGGAAAGGCUGAAGACAAAUUAUAACGCAAAGAUGAAAGAGGAGGAGUCAGCUAGUGAAAUUACAGUAGAGGAAAUAAGUGAGCUUGAUGCCUUAAUUUGCUUGAUAAUAAAGCAGGAAAGAAUGGCAGAGGAAGCUCGCCAAGCUAAUGUAAAUUGGAAAAAAAUGAUGCUGACAAGACAGCAGAGGAGAUGUGAAAGGUUGUGAUGGAGUGUUAUGGAGAAACAAGGAAUAGAUCAGAAGAGGAAGACAACACAGAAAAAAGUCCAGAGAAGGAAAGUGGUGGAGAUGCUGUUGAGUUUCCAAGGGAGAAAGCACAAAUGGAAAAGGAGCUUCGUUGGGAGGAA